UCAGAUAUCAACACUAGAUACAGAGAUAUCUUGAAAUAGAUUGAUAAGUAAGAUAUCUUAAAAUAGUAUUAAUAUGUCUUUAAAUAGUACUAAGAUAUCUCUUGUGAUUCCAGCAAGGGCAACACAAUGGCGCUGCACAGUACAGUGGCCUGGACUGGUAGCGCAUGCCUGUGUCUGUAUUGCUAUCGUAAUGGAUCGCCAGCUAUGUGGCUAAUUCAUAAGGCUUAUACUACCCUCUAGUGUUGAAUUCUUGUAAUAGCACCACCCUUUUCAAUGUACAUUAACACAGGGUCUGUGUUAAUGUACAGGAUUUCAACACAUUUAUCGUUGCCAAUACCUCCAUCUUGUGGCAGGAUGUGGUAUCGCUGCCACACACAAAAAAAUUUGUCUAGUCAAUAUCUACAAAAAGGCUUUCGUGCUUCACCAGAGGAAUGUUCCUUCGGGUCAGAUCAGCAUUAUGGCGCAGUAUGUUGUUUAAAGAAAUGCUCUGUGGACUGAAAUUAAAACCCGAACACAGGUUCAAGACUUUGCCACGUUAAACCACCGUCUGUGAGGCACAAGCACUUCAGAAAACGUGCAAGCAAAGGGGAGGUUGUGAGCGGUAAUUCAAAAUGAUGAAACCACAGCGCUCCCUGGAAGUUGUGAAAUAUAGUGAAAGCUCCUUUUGUGUACGACUUCCUUCCCCUUUCUCUGCCAGAUGUUGCAAGUGCCACAUGGUUACAGAGACAGCAUCCUUUGAGACUCGACCUACACUUCUGAUUUCCAUCUGCAAGUCAAAUUGAUCGCUCUAAUUGUGGAUUAACUUCAUCAGCAACCGAAGAACCCAGAUUCUAAAGGAGAUGUUUUCCUACAAGGUUCUGUUGAUGCUCCACUGUGCAGCGAUGGUAGCAGGUGACCCCAGUCUCCCAGCCGCAGGAAUCCGCCUGGCCCCCGGCCCACGCUCUCUUUCCUUGGGAGGCUCCUUGGAGAUUGUGUGCGUGGCUCCUCAGGAGUUCUCUGAAGGUGUUUUCCAGCUGUUCAAGGAGCAGACGUACCUCCGCAGUGUGGAUCACCGGGGGAAGAAGCAGCAAGAGGCCAGGUUCACCCUCUCACAUCUCACCCGCUCUGACGAGGGCAACUACUGCUGUCGGUACCAAGCCCUGCGCACUGAGCGCUGGGACAACAGCCCCUUCAGCCCCUACCUGCGCAUCACCCUCACCGACAUCACAGGAGCCCCUAUCCCUCCUGAACCAACCAGCCCUCCCUCCAUUACAGGAGCUCCUAUCCCCCGUAAACCAAGCAACUCUCCCUCCAUUACAGGUCGCUUGCCGAUGCCCUCCCUCACAGUCCGGGGCGCGACGGGGGUGCUAGCGAAGGGGGACAGCGUGUCUCUGGAGUGCGUGGCCCCUGCUAACUUCCCCGGGGCCCAUUUCCUGCUGUACCGCGGUGACUCUACCAACCCUGUGUCCUCUAACCAAGCCCUGGCGACGCAGCACAGCGCCAGCUUCCCUCUGCCCAGCCUGGAGAACUCAGACGCGGGGGAAUACCACUGCCAGUACCGCCUGCAGAUGAGCCAGCGCUGGAGGGAGUCUGAGCUCAGCCCGGCAGUGCACCUCAUCCUCAAGGGUGUCACCUCUCCUCCUACCACCCCUCCCUUCCUCUCAGGUCCAAACUGGCCUCUGUUGGCCGGUUCUGUGGCCGCGGCCAUUCUGUUUGCUGCGUUCCUGGCUGUCCUGGGCUUUGUGGUUUACCGGAGAGUAAAGUCUGCGAGGGAUAAAAAGCGCAGGGAUGCUGCUCCGUACUGGAAUAAUUUCCACAAUGCUGACAACAUCAUCGAACUGUCCUUUAGAGAUCCCCGCCUAGAUCUGCAGGACGGGGUAGUGACAGAGAAAUCUUUAAACACGCCUCCGGAGCCGGUUACCCACGCCAGGAAGAGAAGCAACUCCCUUUCAGUCCCCGCAACGCCGGUGUUCUCCACGUUUAAAAAUCAUCCCUUCUAAAAAUUAAAAAAUACAGGCAGGGUUACCGCGUGGCUCACUGCCAAGCUCCUCCCGCAUGUGCUCAAUUAGAUUAAGCUCUGUGUGCCGACUGAGGAGGGAACCACGCUAUGUGCGUGGAACCAGCAACGCAACGACAAGAAAUGUAACAAAACUUCAAUGAAAAAAUAUGUUUAUUAUGGACCCCAAACUCUUUCUUUCCCUUCUUUUUCGGCUGGAGAGAUUUCAUUAUUUGAACCUGUGGUCGCAGCUCAUGGCAUUAAGUGCUGGGAUCAGCCUGGCUGCUCUCCUCGGUGCUGUGAUUCAAUCCUGUAGCAGUUUGGUAGAAAUAUCAAAUGGUUCCUUGCUUGAUUAUCUUGCAAUAAUAUAUUUUUUACAAAGGGGACACAGUUAGCCUAACCUUAGCUUCCCGUGCCCUGUGUUCCUUCGUGGAUCAGGGGCACCCUAUCCAUCUCCUAACUCUGUAUAUUCCCACUCGUCCGCUCAGAUCAGAACAUGCAGAACCUUUAGUUUUAAAAAGAAUCAUCUUAAAUCAUGUGGAGAUGGAGCUUCCUGCUGAUGUGCGGAACUCGAUGACGUCAGACAGCUUGAGACGCUUCUUUCAAGUCUAAAUUUUUGUGCAGUGCAUUAUUAUUAUUUAUUUCUUAGCAGACGCCCUUAUCCAGGGCGACUUACAAUUG